AUGGCUUUCUGCAACAUAUUAAACAAGAGAUUGGACAAGCUUGAUGAACAACAACACGCCCAUCAUCAAUACGACCUCCCUCAGCCUGUGCAGCCAUUCCAUCCUUACCCGCAACCACCGCUGCCCUACACGUUGCCGCAGGCAAACCCAAAUUCUUGUUGGGACCCACCAUGGGCGCACCUGCCCACUGCGCCGCUGCAAUAUUCGGCACCGUGGCAAACAAUGGUUGAACCCUACUUCGACAACCAGCCACAACCCUACUUCCACGACACUAACCCAUACAUGCAGCUGACGUCCCAGACCUAUAUCGAUCCAUGGCAACAGGAGCAGCUCGUCUACAGACCGCCGCCGCCGCCGCAGCACUACUUCAACACUCAGCCGCCGCCGUCACACGACUACCACCAGCCGCCACAACUUUCCUCCCAGCAGCUGCUGCUAACAGCAGCCCUGCCCCACCAAAAUUACCCGCAGGUGCCUCCUCCAAAAAUCUACCAGCCGCCGCCACCACCGCCGUUGAUUCCUGAUUGUGAUCGAGUUGAGGAAGGCUUUGCUGAUUCUACCAAGAAGAUUCCCGAUUCUUCUGUUGGUUUUGGAGGAGUUGAAAAGGUUGAGAAGAUGGAGAAGUCCAGUCCGGAUUCUGCGCGCAAAGAGAAACCGGUUCAAGGUUGCAUUGAGAUUCAGUGCUCGCGACAAUUGAAUGCUUCUCGAAUCAAGAUUCUCAAAGCCCAUAUUGGUUUGGGUAGUUCCAUUGUGGACAACGCAUCGCUGAAAUUAUUGAGUGAUUCAUCUCAUGUCAGGGAUGUUGCAAGUAUGAAUCAUCGAUCAACAUCGCUCGACGCCAAUGCAUGA